AUGCUAAGGCCUUUUCACCAUCUACAAGGCACAAGUCAGGAAAAAGAUGGAAACCUCUUCACUUGCUUGGAAGAAUGCAGUUCCAACAACUAUCCAGAAACUCCAGGGGGAGCUUUAGCAGCUAGUGAGGUUGACGAUCAUGGCUUAAAUAGCUGUCAAGGCAGUUCUGUGGGCAAAGAUAUCCACUUCCGAUCGGAAAAGCAGAAUGCAGCCCAGGGCCUUGACAACCAGCAAGGAACAGCCACUUCUGUAAAAGAUUUGCAGGACAUGCUCGUCAGAGAUCGAAUUAUUUUCAAGACCAGGGAGUCCAGCCUGAGGGAACUGUUACUGUUUGAGACAGAACUAAGUCCAGAGAAGAGCAUCCAGACAUGCAUUGUCCAAAGCUGGGCUGUCAAUGGCACGCUACUGGAGGAUACGGUCAGUAACUGGUCCUUGUAUAAAGAUCAGUGUUUGCAAAACCUAACCAAGUCUAGUGCUAAAACUGGAAUAUUUUGUAAUGAAACAUUUGAUCAGUUUGUCUGCUGGCCAGCAUCAUACCCGGGGAAUGUGUCAGAACCCUGUCCGUGGUAUCUUCCUUGGAUUAAACCAGGCAGUACAAAGAGGGUCUAUAGGUACUGCCUGGACAAUGGAAGUUGGUUGACCUUCUCAAACUCUACUGUUAUCUGGAGGGAUCAUUCUGAAUGUAACGAAGACAGCCAGGAUAUCCAGCAAAAUGUAUGUCAGCAGAAUCUUUGUAAUCAGCAUAGGUUACUGAAAACCCUGCAAUUGAUCUAUACCGUGGGUUACUCAAUCUCGUUGUCCUCACUUUCAUUGGCCAUAUUGAUACUGCUGUGGCUUAGGAGGUUGCAUUGCACUCGGAAUUACAUUCAUAUCAAUUUAUUUGCUUCCUUUAUUCUGAGAGCUCUGGCAGUCCUCAUAAAAGAUAUUUUUCUGAAAAACGCUUACUCAAAACACCCAGAUGAUGAAAUGGGAUGGAAAUCAUUUUUUGACACUGAGGCUUCAAAUGGAUGCAAGGUGGCUCAGGUUUUUAUGCACUAUUUCAUUGGAGCAACCUUCUUCUGGCUAUUGGUUGAAGGUAUUUACCUUCAUAAACUGAUAGUCCUGGCAGUCUUAUCGGAGAAAAGUUUGUUAAAACAGUAUGUCCUGAUAGGAUGGGCGUUCCCACUAUUGUUUGUCAUUCCUUGGAUAAUAUCAAAGAUUAUCUAUGAGAAUGAAGGGUGCUGGGCAAUAAAUCGUAACAUGGCCAUCUGGUGGAUCAUUAGAGGACCGGUGUUAUUUGCAAUUAUAAUGAAUUUCUACAUAUUCAUAAUGAUUUUGAAAACGUUGCUUUCCAAACUUAAAGCUCAACAACGACGAUUUAAUGACUACAAAUACAGGUUGACAAGAUCAACUUUGGUACUGAUACCACUGCUUGGGAUCCAUGAGUUUGCCUUCACCUUCCUGCUGGACGAACAUGUUCAGGGUUUACUGCUGAACAUCCGACUCUUUCUUCAAUUAGCCAUCAGCUCAUUCCAGGGUUUUCUGGUUGCUUUGCUCUAUUGCUUCUCGAAUGGGGAGGUCCAAGCAGAAUUGAAAACGCAUUGGCGAUCCUGGCUGCUGGCAAAUGACUUUGAAUGUUCUGGCUGCAUGGACAAGCAAUUCAAGUACCUAGGGAAAUGCUCCAAACCCAGGUCAAACAGUUACAUUAACAACAGCAGCUACUGCUACAGUGACACCAGAACUUCCAGUGUGCAGCUGAGCACUGCCCCCAUGUCAGAGCUGCAGAUACAGAAGGCCACCCCGAUGGAGCAGUUUACUCAGACUAGCAUCUCCGAGAGCAGUGAAGGAGACAUGGGAGUUGGAGACAGUCAAAUCUAAGAGGCAGAUUUAAGAGUGGAACAGAUAUAAUACUGAGGACUGAAUGGUGUGAAGGCCUGCAACACAAGAAGUUGGCACACACAUGACCCAUAUUUGCUUUAUGACGAUCUCCACGUUCUGCUGUAAAUAUUGAAUCGUGCAAGUGAUCUCUCUGGUGUUUUAAAGGCACACUUGGUACUGUUACUAUUGUCUCUACCCACAGAACAGGACUUCACCAGGUUUGAUUCUCAGUUAAUGCUAAGUCAGCUGACAUCAGGUGAAGUUCUCCAAUUGGUUUCAGCAUCCAUGAGUUCAGGAGAAGAAAGAAAUUUAUGGAAAAUAUGUGGACAUUUGACAGUGCCACAGAAGGCAGGUGCAAUUGCCUCCUGACUAACACUCGUUGUGUCACCUUACAUCCACUUCAACAUAACACAUUGCUUUAAAAGAUCUUGGAGGAAUAGGGAAUCCUUUUGAAUUUCCAACUGUGGGACAGUUAAUUUUUCCAACACAUACCUUGACCACAUAUCCCUUUCAGCAUUCCUUCUGCCUCACAAGGUAAACAGUCAU